GUUGAACCGAGGGAGGGGCCUUGCAGAGGGAGGAGGAGGAAGAGGUUCGAGCCGGGCGGUGGCAGCGGUAGUGGGCUGUGCGGACCGAAGCGGCUCUCCCCAGGGCGGACGAUGGACAGCCAGGGCAGGAAGGUGGUGGUGUGCGACAACGGCACCGGGUUCGUGAAGUGUGGAUAUGCAGGCUCUAACUUUCCAGAACACAUCUUCCCAGCUUUGGUUGGAAGACCUAUUAUCAGAUCAACCACCAAAGUGGGGAAUAUUGAAAUCAAGGACCUUAUGGUUGGUGAUGAAGCAAGUGAAUUACGCUCAAUGUUAGAAGUUAACUACCCCAUGGAGAAUGGUAUAGUACGAAAUUGGGACGACAUGAAACACCUGUGGGACUAUACAUUUGGACCAGAGAAGCUGAAUAUAGAUACCAGAAAUUGCAAAAUUUUACUCACUGAACCUCCUAUGAACCCAACCAAAAACAGAGAGAAGAUUGUGGAGGUAAUGUUUGAAACUUACCAGUUUUCUGGUGUGUAUGUAGCCAUCCAGGCAGUUCUGACUUUGUAUGCCCAAGGUUUACUGACGGGUGUAGUGGUAGACUCGGGAGAUGGUGUGACUCACAUUUGCCCAGUGUAUGAAGGCUUUUCUCUUCCUCACCUUACCAGGAGACUGGAUAUUGCUGGGAGGGAUAUUACCAGAUACCUUAUCAAGCUGCUUCUGUUGCGAGGAUACGCAUUCAACCAUUCUGCUGAUUUUGAAACAGUUCGCAUGAUUAAAGAAAAGCUGUGUUAUGUGGGAUACAAUAUUGAACAAGAGCAGAAACUAGCCUUAGAAACCACGGUAUUAGUUGAAUCUUACACACUUCCAGAUGGACGUAUUAUUAAAGUUGGGGGAGAGAGAUUCGAAGCACCUGAAGCUUUAUUUCAGCCUCAUUUGAUCAAUGUUGAGGGAGUUGGUGUUGCUGAAUUGCUUUUUAACACAAUCCAGGCGGCUGACAUUGAUACCAGAUCUGAAUUCUAUAAGCACAUAGUGCUUUCUGGAGGGUCUACCAUGUAUCCUGGCUUGCCAUCACGCUUGGAGCGAGAACUCAAGCAACUUUACUUAGAACGAGUUUUAAAGGGAGAUGUGGAAAAACUUUCUAAAUUUAAGAUCCGAAUUGAAGACCCACCUCGCAGAAAGCACAUGGUAUUCCUGGGCGGUGCGGUCCUCGCAGAUAUCAUGAAAGACAAAGACAACUUUUGGAUGACCCGACAAGAGUACCAAGAGAAGGGCGUCCGGGUGCUGGAGAAGCUCGGUGUGACCGUUCGAUAAACUGCAGAGCGUAUUCCCAUCACAUCCCUAAAUGCUUUCUUUUUUCCUUUAUUGCCAAUCUUUGAACUCAUUCAGCUCCAGGAUGUGGAAGAGGCUUCUUGUGCCCUUUGACUUGAAAGGUCAAGUUUUAUUCUGGGGUAUUGGGAAAGCUUUGUUAACUUUUUUGUUAAUGUGGGUAAAUCUGGCUGUUUAAUGCAACCAGAGGGCAAAGGGUCCUGUCUGCAGCUUUGUUUCUUCCCCUAAGCAUUUAGAUCACUCCUGUAGACUUCCUAUUUUCACUUUACUGCUCUAAUGCUGCUAGUUUUAGUCUUUAGCCCUGUAGGUGGUAUGCCUUUAUUAGCAUAAGAAAAAACUUCAACCAGAGCUUUUACUAUUACUGGUGGGGUGGGGGUGGGCGGCCCUGAACUCUUCAGGGCAUUUUCUCUGUUGUGUGGCUUUCUACAGUUACAAAUGCCAAGCUUUUCCGGUUAACAUCUUAGGGAAAUACUAAGUUCAGAACUAAAAUGUUGUGGGUGGACUUUUGUGUGGUAGAAGGAAUGGGUGGUCUUUUUAUUGUUAUUUUUUUGAGAUUUUCUUCUCCAGGGUACAAAAGAUGAAUCUUAUUUACUGUCUUUGAUUUGGCGGGUUUUAUUUUGGUCUGCAGGAACUGAUUCCAUAUGAUUAAAAAAAAAAAAAAAAAGCAAGUCUAGUGUUCUAUUACCAUGUGGCUAAGGGAUUUAUUUGUUAUUUAUAAAAUCAACCAUAUCAGCUGGAAUUAGACUCCCUAGAAUCUAUCAGUGGAAAAAAAAUUUUUAAUGCUUUGUUAAUUUGAAUUACAAGUGUGGGGUUUUUUUAGUGCUUAAAAACUGGUUAUUUCUAAAUGCUUCUAUUUAUUUCUUAAGCAUUAGGUUACCCAGUGCCAAGUAUCAUUCUUACAAUAUUUUUAUAUAACUGACCAGUGCUUAUUUAAUAAAACAAAAAAUACAUACAAACAAUUACUGGUAGGUUUAAGAAUUGUUGGGUUAAAAAACAAUAACAUUGGAGUAGGGUACUUGUUUCCAGUUAAGUAAAAUUUGAUGGCUUAAAAUGUUGCCCAAAAAAACUCAAAAUCAAGAUUUAAAUAUUUAUUUUUAUUGGAAGUUGAUUAUAACUGCUCAUUCUCAGUCCUCUUUUAUGCUUUUGCAAGGAGCUUAGUGGGAAGUUUGUAAAUGUUGGUAGGCUCCUAUUUAUGACCCUGGCAGUAUUGUUUGCAGUCUGAGGAAAUGUCUAAUCAUAUCCAAAUGUAAGUUUGUUUCAUAUUUGAAAAAUAAUGAGAAACUCUAUCUCUUUAAAUACAAAAUGUUGAUUCUGGGAAAACUUCUCCUUCAUUUCAUAACAUUCUUUACCAGUAAUGAAUUUGAAAGAAGUGGCUUAAUUUUUCUUUUUGAAGACUAAAAAAAGAUAGUUUGGCUGGAGAGUUUCCUUUUAGAGAUAACUUAAAAAUAAGUGCACAUUAUAUCGGCAGCAAAAGGUUAAAGUAUGUAGCUUCUGUUAAGUGGUUUUGUCUGUUUUACCUCAAUCUGAACAAAUAAAGUUUGUGUGCAUGCUGGACAUGCUUCAGUACACAUGAAGAGCCCAUGAAUAAUGUCUACUAGAUUUCUGGAUACAAGACUCAGGAACUUUGGGAUUCUAAAGUAUUCCUAAAUCAUGAUGUCAUGAAUACCCGCACCCCAACACCUUUAGAGUCCUAGGCUUCUUAAAGGACACAUACUGUAUGUAGACCAACUAGUACCUACUUGACUGUUCAGUAAUGACUCUUGGCAUUUGGUCAUCAUUUUAAAAUAUGAGGGUAGAAAACAACAAAGAAUGAGAUGGACUCUUAAUGGAAACAUUAUUUGUACCUUGAAUGUAGAAUUUUUUGACAAUACAAUGGUAUAUUUAUAUAUGUAAUAAUUUAGAAAUUCCAUUUGUAGUUUUCCCAUUCUAAGGUGAAAUAAUGCAUUUGGGAUUUAGGAGGUACUCUGUUCAGUUGGAUUUGUCAGACAGGAGUCACUCAGAAAGUUAAAAAAGAAGUUGCUUUAAAAGAGAUCUCGUUUUUAACUUUUGAAACCCAUUGUUGCUUAAAUUUUUCCAUGAUGAUUAAAUUCUUUGAUUUAAAUUAGAAUCACCAAUGCUGUACAGGAGUUCUUAGAAAAUGUGGUAUUGAAUGCUAACUGCACAGUUCUGAGCAUUGUAUCUAGAAAGAUCAAUGGAAAGCUAAACAUUCGAAAUUUAACUCUGAUAGACUUCUUUUUGAUUCAGAAAAUAAAUCAGAUUUUU